ACUCAAUCAGUUACCUUUUGCAAACUUUUCAUCGUGCAUAUAACUUAUCCUCGCUCCCUCUCUAUGUAUAGGUGCCUUCCUAUCCUGGGAGGAUCGUCAUCUGCAUGUCUUUGCUGAAGACAUUUUUGAAAGACUAUAUAUAUAUUCCCUCUCGUUAUUUCCGAAAUCAAAGAAUCCUUAAAAGAGAUUGUGCUCCUACAACGUUGAUUGUCAGAGGCAAGAAAAUGGCUAGCCGAUUGUGUUUCAAUAUUGGGUUCUUGAUUGUUGCAUCGGUGGGUUUGCUUCACGGCGCAUAUGCAGCUAAUACUUACACAGUUGGAGGUGAUUUGGGAUGGAUUGUUCCUCCGAACAACACUUACUAUGAGGAAUGGACCAGCCAGAGGACAUUUCAGAUAGGAGACACCUUCGUAUUCAACUGGACAACCGGAACACAUACCGCAACUGAAGUAAGUACCAAGGAGGAGUACGAUAAUUGCACAAAGAUGGGAAUGAUAUUGGCAUUUGCAGGAGUUAAAGUCACUUUCAAUGAAAAUGGUACGCACUACUUCCUCUGCUCUGAAGGAAAACACUGUGAGCAAGGCCAGAAGAUGAUAAUCAAAAUUGGAGAUGGCAUACCGCCAAGUUUUGCAGCUCCAUCUCUUACCGCGGCCGCCGCCUUAUCUGCUCUUUUCUUCUCCACCUUAGCCAUCUUCUUCUUAAACUAAAUCUAAAGACACCCCCCGUCAUGCAAGUUACCUUUUCUUAUCCAGUAGCUCUAGAAUUGGGUGAGCCCUAGAUAGCUUGUUGGGAAUAAAAAGAUGUGGGGAUAUAGAAUAAUCGAUGUGAUUCAUUUAAAUUGUUUAUGACAGUGUACCGAUUACAUUUGUUCGUUGUAAUAAAGUUGUCUUUGCAAUGGAA